GACUCGAAAUGGAGUGUCAAACGUGUCCCUAAACCAUAAUAAAUACCAAUCUUCUAAUUUUCUUUAUUUUCAAUGACCGCAGCAGUUUUUUGAUUGUCCGACCGCAACUUUCGAUUAUGUUGAUUUCAUGUUAUCUCCUUUUUGACCUAAAUUUCCGACGAAAACAUGGAAGAGGAGCUUAGCGAAAAUGAGUUGGAAGGACGAAUGUUUGCUAUGUUACAUUAUGCAGACGAUACAAAGACAAACGUUGGCUUAAAUCAGAAAGACACAAAUUCCGUCGGCAAUGUAACUCAUAGUGGCAAACGAUAUUGGCAUAAUAACAGCGAACAGAACACACCUUAUCAAAAGACCAACACUCUUAAAGAGCCAGCCGCUGAAGCUAAGAAAAAUUUCGUUGAAAAUGUAACAAAUAGCAGUCGAGGACAACAAUACUGGCACAAUAGAGAACAGAACACAAUUUAUCAAAAAAUUAACUCUCCUAAAGAGCCCUCCACUGAAACAAAGAAUAUUUUGGUCAUUCAACAUAAUAAAGAUGAUGGAAACAAUUCAUCAACACAGGAUUUAUCAAUUUUCCAACAACCAGUGUCUGAAAAUAUAAAAAAAACUGUGGAGAUAUUGGAAAAUGAUGAAUUAAAUCGUGUUGUGGAGCUUGAAUCGAGUGAUGAAGAUGAAGUUAUUGAAGUAGCUUUACCUCCAAAACCGACCAUAACUAUAGAGAGCUCAGAUGAAGAUACAGUUGCUAUUUCAAUUGGCUCCGCUGAGAAAAAGUCAAUUGAAAAACAUCAAGAUAAUAAAACUGGUAGUAAUAGAGAGACAGCCAGUCCUGUGCCAUCAGUUGUUUCAUCCAUAUCUGAUGAGUUCAUCCGUGGUGACUGCAUAGCUCUAAACAUAUCUUCGAAACAUGCCAAUAACGAGAGCUUUGACUUUAGUUUGCAUGGUGCUGACCUCCUGUGUCAGACACCUACGCGUAAGAAGAAAAAAAAACGAAAUAAAGAUACAUCAACUCCAAACACAACUCCUGUAAUCUCUACUCCUAUAGCAGUUGAUGAAUGCUUUGCAACACCAAAAAGUAAAGCCAAAAAUAAAAGGCAGAGAACAAAAUCCUACAAGGUUACUGGAAAAAGUGUACCUAAUCCAGAUGUUUAUGAUUCUGAUAGCAAUCAGUCUACAAAUGAGGGCAACAAAAACCCAAAUCCCUAUUCAGUUACAGAUAAAAGCUUACCCAAUAUUGAUGUGUAUGAAUCAGAUUCAAAUCCAUUGGAAAUUGUUAAAGAUUCAUUAGAUGUUGUCAGUGUUAACAAUGAAGUUACUACAAACAGUAGCUCAACAGAGUGUAUGACAAUUGCUCCAAAGUCAACUAAAAAAAACAACACAGACUCUUCACACACAAUAAACAAAACUGUCAUUGACUUAACAGAACCUGACAUUACUAAUUCACCUAUAAAUGAAAACAUUGUAAUGGGAAAUGUGACUGGCUUCACAAAUGUUGAUCAAUUUGAUGAAAAUUCACCAGUGCGGGACCUUAUAACAUGUGGUUCCACAAAAAUCCCUGCUAUUUUAAACGAAGAUCUUGAUUUUGAUAAUUUGAAAGGUAUCACUAGGGUUUGUAAGCGCCGGAGAUAUUCUCUUACAACUCUUAGAGCAGAGAUGGAGAAAUUUUACAAUGAGAGUUGGGGUGGAGAAGAGUUUAACCAUCGUGAGAUUCAGAAAAAUAUGUCAAGAGACAAGAACCUGUGGCAUAUAGACCCAAAAGACAGAAUGCCAUCUAUGUCUAAACGGAAAACUGCAUGCAGUUACUGCAAUCGCGUUGGACAUCGCGAUGAUAUGUGUCGGAUGAAACCGGCCGUGUGUUUCAUGUGUGGAUCGUCAGGCCACUUUGAGCCGCGAUGUCCGAGGAAGAUAUGUGUUAAUUGUGGAUCACCAAACUACAUGUACUCGACGAUGUGUCGCAACUGCUCCAACUGGCACACAAUACGAUGCAUUGAGUGUGGACAAAAUGGCCAUCCUGCAAGCCACUGCCCGGAUCUAUGGCGUCGCUACCACAACACUAUCAACUUGGACAAACCUCUAGAAGAGAAUCGUCAAAUCAAGAAACAUUAUCAAUCAUUUUGUAGCGGAUGCACUCGCCGCGGCCAUUUCGUCCACACCUGCAGAAUAUCCCUUCCAUUUUCAGGCCUACCAAUCAAUUCGCCCUAUGUGGCAGUAUAUAGACCUGUCUAUUCACCAAUUUGUAACAACAAUUUUACCCAAAACACUCCAAAUCAAGGUAAUAAACAAAACAAGAGGAAUGUCCAACAAGAUUCUAACGUCACUUCUGUAUCAACGCCAAGAAAUGACAGUCUGAAACGCCAAUCCAAAUCUCCAGUAAAUCAUGAUACACAUGUAAAUAAAAAAAAGAAUUCUGGUACACCCAAUGACACAGAAAUAAACCAAAGAACUAAGAGCCCAAUCAAUAACAAUACUAGCUUGCAAAAGAAAAAUCUACAAAACAAAGAACAAACAACCACUAUUCAUAGUGAUUCAACUGAACCUAAUAAAAAUAAAGCAGCAAUUGUUGAAGAAAAUCAACCAAUGCUUAAAAAAGCUCCUGAUUUUAUCUCGAUAUCCUCCGAAAAUCAUGACAAACUGGGACAGAUUAUACAGGAUAAUGAAGUGUCAGAUACAAGCGAUGUUGUCACUUCAGCGAGAAUUUACAUACCCAAUGAAAUCGUGGAGAAGCUAAAGACAGAAGAAGGUGAUUUGUGGAUGAAAGAAGCCAUCAAGAAGAACAAUGUUUCCCUAGAAACUGAUAAUAUAACAUUUUAUCUAAGCAUCAAAGGCGCUGUUGGUAAUCAAGAGGCUUUCCGGGCUGAACUCCUAGACUGGAUUGGCACAAAGCACAAUAAACAACGAGCCAUAUCCGAUAGCGAAGCCGAUGUUACACAGGAAUCAAUCACUGAACAAUCUGUGAUGAGCAAGGACAUACCUAAGAACAGAAACAACGUAUUGCGGAAACUAAAUAGAGCUUUUGAAACUCUGAAAUCUGAUUUGGGAGAUCCUAUGGCUCUGUACAGAGAGCUUGUGUAUUUGCAAAAUCGUCACCAACAACUUUUGAAACAAAAGUUCAUUAGCCCGCAACAACUGUCUAAUAAUAAAAAUAAUAUUAAUACCAUGCUAAAAAAGCUUAACAUGGUACUACUUGGGCAAGCGGGUCUUGCAGAUGGCCUGGGACAUAUAACAGCUUUACAUGUUCUACAAGAGAAGCUCAUCAACUUUAGACAAAAACAUAUACCAACUACAAUGCGUGAGAAAAUCGGUGAACAUUAUCAUUGCAUUUUCACAGCCAUACCCAGAGAUGAUUAUUUGGACCUAAUGAAUAAAUAUUACGACAGUCCAACGAAAAAGAGACAAAACAAUAAGAUUUUUAAAAGUCCAAAGGUUAAUCAAAAGAAUAAGAUUAACAUUCGAUUACCACAAAAUGUAAAUAAUACAAAUGAUGGUGUCAGUAAAAAUGACACGGUUGUAAUGACGCCUCUUAUGGUAAAAACUAAAAACAAGCUGAUGUUUUAUCAUAGAAGGUUGUUGCGUACCAAACCGCUAGAUAUGGUUCUUAAGAAGACCAAAACUGAACUUAUAAAGAAACUUAGCUCGCAGAUCUCGUCUUUUAGGAAAAAAAGUCCUACGAGUAAAAAGAGUUUCAAGAAAAUGAAAAAAGUGCAGGAACAGGUUCAAUUGUUCUUGUCUAAUAUAUCCAAGAUUAAAAUGAUUUUUAACAGUAUUGGUUACGUUAAAAAAAUAUUUGCAUUAUUUGUCCUUACAAUUAUUUCAGUAAGAGGGUAUCCAGAAGCCAUGUAUCCCAGCGUCUUUUACAAUCAAAUGGAGUUUAACAAGAUUAAUGAAGCUUUGGGACAAUUGGUGACAGCGGAAUCUCCACAAUUUGUUCCAAAUUGGCCAAACAAUACAAUCAAGUUGGGACAAGUUUCUGGAGUUGCAAUAAACAAUGCUGGGCAGGCGCUGGUCUUCCAUCGCGGCUCCAACGCGUGGGACGCCAGCACAUUUUCCACCAGGAACAUCUAUCAGUUCAUAGGAGAACCUCCCAUUUCACAACCCACUGUACUGGUGUUUAAUGAGACUGGCGAACUAGUCGACUCAUGGGGGGAAAAUCUUUUCUACAUGCCGCACGGUAUCACGGUUGACAAGGAAGGUAACGUGUGGUUAACAGACGUGGCCCUGCACCAGGUUUUCAAGUUCACGCCGCAGUCAAAGUCACGACCGGCCCUCGUGCUAGGAGAAAAGUUUGUACCGCGUGACGACGAUAACCACUUCUGCAAACCGAGCGCAGUGGCAGUUCUCUCCACGGGAGAUUUCUUCGUCGCCGACGGGUACUGCAAUUCACGAAUCGUGAAGUUUGCUCCCGACGGCACUAAGAUACUGCAGUGGGGGAAAGGGUCCGGGGAGAGCCCGUUCGUGUUCAGGGUGCCGCACGCACUGGCCCUGGCGGAGGACCGCGGGGAGCUGUGCGUGGCGGACCGCGAGCACGGGCGGGUGGCGUGCUUCCGCGCGGACUCGGGCCGCUUCUGCUCCACAUACCACAACUGGCUGAUCGGCCCGAAGAUCUUCAGCGUGGCCUACGCACCGAUUCAAGGGGGACGCCUGUACAUAGUGAACGGACCGAGGAUCGGCACCACCCCCUCCCGCGGAUACAUCAUAGACUACGCCACCGGCCGCCUCGUCCGGAGCUUCGCCCCCGACAACGGCUUCAGCAGCCCCCACGACAUCGCGGUGAAACCCGACGGCAGCGCGGUGUACGUGGCGGAGCUCGACCCCCACGCGGUGUACAAGUUCGCGGACGACGCCGUCAGGGGCGACGCCGCGGAGGAUGCGACCAACGUGUCGCACGCCAAGCCCACUGCGACUGUCGAGGCUCGCGGGCAGACGCCGAACGGGCCGGGUGAAGGCGUCGGCGUGGCGGGGACGGACGGUGGCGCGGGGACGUCGUGGGGGGUGUGGGGCGGGGCGCUGGGGGGUGCGCUGACGGCCGCGGUGGCGACGCUAUUGGUGGCGCUGUGUCGCGCGAGGAACACGGGUCGCAAGUCCGUGGGCCGCCGCCGCUGGGAGUACGGGCACGGCGAGUUCAAGCUACGGCGACUUUUGGAGCGGCGACGCUUCACACGUAUUCACUCCGAUGACUCUGAGGACGAACCUGCGCCCAUGCUGCCUCCGAUCACCGCCUGAUGAGUGCUCUCGUGGCCCCGCUUCCUUAGCUUUGUUUAACAAUACUUUAUAGAAGCUGUCACUGAUAAAUUCGACGCUUCGAUCAAUAAUGUACCUACUAGAUAUCGUCGCUUAGCUAACAAUAUCGCUAAAGGCAAAUUGGCAAAAAUA